AUGGCGGUGCUUUCGAAAUCGUUCUCGACGCUCACAGCAGGAGCGCUGCUUCUGCUGGCGCUCAUCUCGCCUCGUUCGCAGAAGCUGCGCUUCUACCUGAACUCAAUCAUCUACAUUGCUGGCCUCGGCAUCUGCUCGGUCUGGGGCAUCUUUGUCUCGAUCUUGCUCUCUCUCGUCCCAGGCCAACGUCUAAAUAUCAACAAAGUCGUCGCACGCUCCUUCUGGCGUCUCACUUCCCCGCUCGUUGGCAUCCGCUUCAUCGUCGAGGGCGAAGAACACUUCCAAGCCGCUCGUCCCGCUGUUGUGGUCGGCAACCACCAAACCGCGAUGGACAUCCUCUAUCUCGGCCGCAUCUUCCCGGGAAAUGCAUCGAUUAUGGCUAAAAAAGAGCUGCAAUUUGCGCCGUUGUUGGGUCAGUUCAUGUCUCUGUCCGGAGCAGUGUUUAUCAAUCGUAAAAACUUGAAGGAUAGCAUCAAGGCUUUCCAGCAAGUGGGCGAGACGAUGAACAACAAGAAGCUUUCCCUCUGGAUUUUUCCCGAAGGAACCAGGUCGGGUCUAGCAACACCGGAUCUGUUGCCGUUCAAGAAGGGAGCUUUCCACCUUGCCAUUCAAGCAGGCGUCCCCGUCGUGCCCGUGGUAUGCGAAAACUAUAACCGGCUCUUCGACUCGCGGUCCAGAUUCGAAUCCGGCACGAUCAGGAUCAAAGUGCUUGCGCCGAUUCCAACAAAACACCUCACCGCUGCUGACGCAAACGAGCUCACUGAAAAAGUUAGGCAGUUGAUGCUCGAUGAGUUGAGAAACAUGGACGCCGAACGUCAGAGAACCGACACCGCCGCCAGCGUCAACAACGACGAGGCGAGCAUGGCUGGCGUAGCUGGUUUCUUCAGCAAAUUCGUCGGCACCGCAAACAGCUGGCAGAGCGUCAACAGCAACGUAGACAAGCAGGAGAAGCGCUUGAGACAGAACGGCACCACGGGCGAGAACCCAGAGGAUUAUCAUCUCGUCUCCGAAGCUCAGAAAAAAUCCAACUGA